GCCAGCGAGGUCGGUUCCGCCCGACUCUAACAUGGCGGCGCCCUUUGUCUGCUCUGAAGUGCCGUCUCCGGCCUUCUCGCGGCCGUGAUGCACCUCCCUCUGCGGUGGGGUCUGGGACAUGGCAGCCAUGGAUUUCCCCCAGCACAGCCGGCACGUCCUGGAGCAGCUGAACCAGCAGCGGCAGCUGGGGCUUUUGUGUGACUGCACCUUCGUGGUGGACGGUGUGGACUUUAAGGCCCACAAAGCGGUGUUGGCGGCCUGCAGCGAGUACUUCAAGAUGCUCUUCGUGGACCAGAAGGACGUGGUGCACCUGGACAUCAGUAAUGCGGCAGGCCUGGGGCAGGUGCUGGAGUUUAUGUACACGGCCAAGCUGAGUCUGAGCCCUGAGAACGUGGACGAUGUCCUGGCCGUGGCCAGCUUCCUCCAGAUGCAGGACAUUAUCACAGCCUGCCACACCCUCAAGUCACUCGCUGAGCCUGCUGCCAGCCCUGGGGACAAUACCGAGGCCUCAGCGGUGGAAGGAGGGGACAAAAGAGCCAAAGAGGAGAAGACUGCCACUACCACGCUGAGCAGGCCGGAUCAGGCGGGGAGCAGCACACCCACGGGCCCAGGCAGGGAGCUCAAAGAGGAGCGAGGUGGCCAGGCCGAGAGUGCAGCCAGCGGAGCAGAGCAGACGGAGAAGGCUGAUGCCCCCCGGGAACCACUGCCUGUGGAGCUCAAGCCGGACCCCACGAGUGGCAUGGCUGCUGCAGAAGCUGAGGCUGCCUUGUCGGAGAGCUCAGAGCAAGAAAUGGAGGUGGAACCUGCCAGGAAGGGAGAAGAGCGAGAGGCAGAGGGCGUGGGGCCUGCCGUGAUUAAGGAGGAGGGGCUGCAGCUGGAAAACGGAGAGGCUGCUGAAGAGAACGAAGAGUCGGCGGGCACAGAUUCCGGACAGGAGCUUGGCCCCGAAGCCCGGAGCCUGCGCUCAGGCACCUACGGCGACCGCACUGAGUCCAAGGCCUAUGGCUCCGUCAUCCACAAGUGCGAGGACUGUGGGAAGGAGUUCACACACACGGGCAACUUCAAGCGGCACAUCCGCAUCCACACAGGCGAGAAGCCCUUCUCAUGCCGGGAGUGCAGCAAGGCCUUCUCCGACCCAGCCGCCUGCAAGGCCCACGAGAAGACGCAUAGCCCGCUGAAGCCGUAUGGGUGCGAGGAGUGCGGCAAGAGCUACCGGCUCAUCACUGCGCGCUACCGCUGCGAGGACUGCGGCAAGCUCUUCACCACCUCGGGCAACCUCAAGCGGCACCAGCUGGUGCACAGCGGGGAGAAGCCCUACCAGUGCGACUACUGCGGCCGCUCCUUCUCCGACCCCACGUCCAAGAUGCGCCACCUAGAGACCCAUGACACUGACAAGGAGCACAAGUGCCCACACUGCGACAAGAAGUUCAACCAGGUGGGGAACCUGAAGGCCCACCUGAAGAUCCACAUCGCAGAUGGGCCCCUCAAGUGCCGAGAGUGUGGGAAGCAGUUCACCACUUCAGGGAACCUCAAGCGGCACCUGCGGAUCCACAGCGGGGAGAAGCCCUACGUGUGCAUCCACUGCCAGCGGCAGUUCGCGGACCCAGGCGCUCUGCAGCGGCACGUGCGCAUCCACACCGGCGAGAAGCCGUGCCAGUGCGUGAUGUGUGGCAAGGCCUUCACCCAGGCCAGCUCCCUCAUCGCCCACGUGCGCCAGCACACCGGGGAGAAGCCCUACGUCUGCGAGCGCUGCGGCAAGAGGUUCGUCCAGUCCAGCCAGCUGGCCAACCACAUUCGCCACCAUGACAACAUCCGCCCGCACAAGUGCAGUGUGUGCAGCAAGGCCUUCGUGAACGUGGGCGACCUGUCCAAGCACAUCAUCAUCCACACUGGAGAGAAGCCUUACCUGUGUGACAAGUGUGGGCGAGGCUUCAACCGAGUGGACAACUUGCGUUCCCAUGUGAAGACCGUGCACCAGGGCAAGGCUGGCAUCAAAAUCCUGGAGCCAGAGGAGGGUGGAGAGGUCAGCGUGGUCACUGUCGAUGACAUGGUCACGCUGGCCACUGAGGCACUGGCAGCAACAGCCGUCACUCAGCUCACAGUGGUGCCAGUGGGGGCCGCAGUGACAGCCGACGAGACGGAAGUACUUAAGGCAGAGAUCAGCAAGGCUGUGAAACAGGUGCAGGAGGAAGACCCCAACACCCACAUCCUCUACGCCUGUGAUUCCUGUGGGGACAAGUUCCUGGAUGCCAACAGCCUGGCCCAGCAUGUGCGGAUCCACACAGCACAGGCGCUGGUCAUGUUCCAGACCGACGCGGACUUCUACCAGCAGUACGGGCCGGGUGGCACGUGGCCGGCCGGGCAGGUGCUGCAGGCUGGGGAGCUGGUUUUCCGCCCUCGGGACGGGACUGAGAACCAGCCUGCGCUGGCAGAGACUCCACCCGCAGCUCCUGAAUGUCCGCCCCCUGCCGAGUGAGCGGGAGGCCCUUCUCCUUGACUGCCUAUUUAAGGAUGGAUGGCACCGUGGACUUGCGAUGGUGGCUCUAUUCCCUAGAGAAUAAAUUUGAUUAUUUUCUAA